AUGGCGGAACCUGCCGGGCUGAACCUAACGUCGUCCCGCCAGCUGUGUCCUGACAUCCAACUGUCCUACCCCAACGUCGUGCAAGACUGCUACGCCUCGAGAAGCACGACCGGCUAUUCCGUCUAUGUCAUUCCCUUCAACACCAGCUGCGACAGCUUCCUGCUGCUUCCCGCGGAGCAGCUAUGGAGUCCCGCGGUGCGGUCGGCGUGGUACCUGUUCGGCAUGCUGUACUGCUUCGUGGGGCUUGCCGCCAUCGUUCGCGUCUUCAUGGAGGCCCUCGACCGCAUCUCCAGCACGUACGCCAUGGUGAGUCGGCACGACCCCGAGACGGGCAGGGAGGAGCGGCGGAUGGAGAAGGUGUGGAACAGCACGGUGGUGAACGUCGCUCUCAUGGCUCUCGGCGCCUCCGCACCGGACAUCGUCAUUGCUGUCGUUGACGCCCUCAAACACCUCAACCAGGGGCCUGGCGUGUUGGGUGCGGGCACAGUACUGGGGUCGGCAGCGUUCAACCAGAUGGUCAUCUCGGCCGUCUGUGUGGUAACGCCACCCGCCCACUCCAUCAAGCGCAUCCAGGCCGUUGGUGUCUUCCUCCUCGAGCUCACUGCCAGCACGUGGGCAUACGUCUGGAUCCUGCUCGUGCUCAAGGUCUUCUCCCCCGGCCGUGUCACCAUAGUGGAGGCAUGCAUCACGCUGCUCUUCUUCCCCCUCUUCAUCCUCCUCGCGUACGCCCAAGACCAGCAUUGGCAGCACUGGGGGCGCUGGGGGCUGCUCCUGCCUUUCCUACCCCGCCCCACCCCCCAUGCACCCCGCCGCGGCUCCCUCACUCGCUUCAAGAACUAUGGCAGCAGGGAGGCACUCAUAGGUCCCUCUGUUGCUCAGGGCGGCAGUAAGAAUGCUGCUGCUGGUGGCGGGAAUAUGUCGGGAGUUGCAAGCACGAGCAUUGCGGUGGGGGACGCGGAGGAGGGGGCAGGGGAGCAGCAGGCGGUGGAGGGGGAUGGGCAGAGGUCGCAUGGGAGCGCGGAUCUAAGUGACUGGGAGGACGUGGUGAGUGUGUGGCGGUUGGGAGUUGGUUCGCGCCGCCUCGGUCAGCACCUAUGGCUGCGCUCACAGCUGCCUGGCCUCACCCAUUCGCCAGCUCCUGCCAUCCGCCCAACGCCCCUUGCCUCACCAGGCCCGCUCGUUCUCAACCCCCCACAGCAGCAGCAACAGCAGCAGGAGCAGCGGGGGGAAGAGGAGAAGGCGGAGGGGCAUGCAAGGGGAGCAGGGAUGGCUGACAACGGGCAAUCAGGGCUGGUUGAAGGCGACGACCAUUCUAUGGAUCUGUUGCAAGAGCGGUGGACGUUGCUGGUGCGGUUGGGGGAGAGGGAGGUGUGCCGGCUUGAGCACACUCCUGCAAGCAACAACGGAACCAGCAGCAGUGCAGCAACCUGCAUCACUUCUCCUGUCCAAACCCUCAACUUCCGGGUGCCCACUGCAGAAGCGCUGCAUCUUCAGCUGGAGCUAACCGUUACUCACCUUCCUCAUGCACUCGGCAACAGCAGUUGCACGCAUGCACGACAGCUGUCCACAUCAAGCCCCCAUGCCACGUCACCAUCCCUGCAGUCCAGCUCAGCAGCAUCCGCUGAUGCUGUCAUUGCAUCUGCGACCCGCACGGUUUGCUCGUUACAGUCACAGCCACCUUGGUUCACGGCAGUUGCUUCACUGGUACCCCCUUCAACACAGUCACACUCACACACUGCAUACACGUCUUCUUUGCUGUUUGAGAACGCACGUGGGGCAGAGAGAAACCAGGGCUGUGGGGAGGAAGGGUGCAGUGUGGAGGGUGACGUGAGGGCAGAGCUACACGUGGGGGUGCGAGUGGAAGCAGGGGAGGGAGACAAGGUGGCGGAUGUGACAGUUACUGUGCUGGGUCUGCGCCUUGCACUGGAGAAACAGCAUGGACAAGGGGGGCUGGGUGGGCUCAGCAUAUGGAGAGAACCGACCUCAUCUGCCCUAUCAAGCAAUCCGGGAUUGGGGGAGGUUUGGCUGCAGCAGAUCGAAAAGGCAAUUUCGGUCCCACUGUCAGGUCACCAGAGGGACGUGUCACUGUUGGGCCUUGGAGUCCACUUCAUCUCCUUCUACUGGAAGCUCCUUUUCUCACUCAUCCCUCCACCCUCCCUCGUGCGUGGCUGGCCAGCCUUCAUCCUCUGUCUCUGCUUCAUGGCUGGCAUUUCUUUCCUAAUUGAGGAGUUCGCGAGACUGUUGGCAUGCACAUCAGGCCUGCACCUCUUCUCGGUUGCCAUUGUCUUCGUGGCUAGC